AUGCCUCGUAAGAGGCCGCAAGACGAAUUCAAUGGUGAUGUGUUGCAGCAAGAGGCGCAAGCCACCGGCCCCAAUGGCCAGAAAUCUGAAGAGGAGACAGUGGAUACACCUAUCCCUCUGCUCACGUGGCGCUCUUUCUUAAUGGGUAUUUUCGUGUCAAUGGGUGGUUUUCUUUUUGGCUACGACACUGGCCAGAUUUCGGGCUUCUUGGAGAUGCCGAACUUUCUCCAAAGGUACGGACAACAGCAUGCCGACGGAACAUACUAUUUCUCCAAUGCCCGUUCGGGUCUGAUCGUCGCGCUGCUAUCAAUCGGUACCUUGAUCGGCGCUCUUAUUGCGGCUCCCAUCGCAGAUCGCAUUGGCCGGAAAUGGUCCAUCAGCGGCUGGAGUGCCAUGGUGUGUGUUGGUAUAACCAUACAAAUCUCUUCUCCAUUCGGCAAGUGGUACCAGGUCGCCAUGGGUCGUUGGGUAGCUGGUCUCGGCGUUGGGGCUCUAUCAUUGCUUGUUCCCAUGUAUCAAGCAGAAACUGGACCUAGGCACAUUCGUGGAUCACUUGUUAGCACCUAUCAGCUUUUCAUCACACUUGGAAUAUUCGUCGCUAAUUGUAUCAACUUCGGAACAGAAGACCGGAAUGACACUGGAUCCUGGCGUAUUCCCAUGGGCGUCACUUACAUUUGGGCCAUCAUCCUGGGCUUCGGAAUCGCACUAUUCCCAGAAAGUGCCCGAUACGACUAUCGUCAUGGAAAGGAGGCUAAAGCAGCCCGUACCCUCUCGAAAAUGUACGGGAUUCCUGAAAAUCACCGAAUGCUGAAGCUCGAGAUCAACGAAAUCCGGCAGAAAUUCGUGGAGGAAAAGGAACGCGGACAGAUAACCUGGUCCCACCUAUUCCAUGCACCCCGCAUGACAUAUCGCGUGGCAGUUGGAGUCGCCCUUCAAGCACUGCAACAGUUAACUGGUGCGAAUUAUUUCUUCUACUACGGAACUACGAUUUUCCGAGGCGCCGGUAUCUCAAAUUCCUACGUUACACAAAUGAUCCUAGGCGGAGUAAAUUUCGGAACAACAUUCCUAGGGCUGUAUUUGAUUGAGAACUAUGGUCGUCGACGAUCCCUGAUAACAGGAGCAUUGUGGAUGUUUGUCUGCUUUAUGGUUUUCGCCUCAGUGGGCCACUUCUCCCUCGACCACGAAAACCCCGAACGGACCCACACAGCAGGUGUGGUCAUGGUUGUCUUCGCCUGCCUGUUUAUUCUUGGUUUCGCAUCAACAUGGGGUCCCAUGGUGUGGACCAUUAUCGCAGAGCUGUAUCCCUCCGAAUUCCGUGCCCGCGCCAUGUCGCUCGCCACAGCAUCCAACUGGCUCUGGAACUUCCUUCUCGCCUUUUUUACCCCCUUCAUCACGAGUGCCAUUGACUUCCGGCUCGGCUACGUCUUUGCCGGCUGCCUCUUCCUUGCGGCGGGCCUGGUUUACGUGGCUGUCAUUGAAGGCCGUGGCCGUACACUGGAGGAGAUCGAUACAAUGUACGUUAUGAAAGUACCGCCCUGGAAGAGCUCCAAAUACGUGUUUCCCGACAUCGAUCCGUACGAUCGCCGCGGCUCGACUUCAUCCAAAGCAGGGGCUUCUCAUGUUCCGCAGGUGAGCGGUGGAAACGAGACGUUCAGCCCUCACACAACUGAAGUGUAA